GUCACAUUUUUUUUUUUUCUUUCUUCAAUUAGAAAUAACAAACCUUUAGUUUGGUUAAACAAAAAUUUAUAUUCGUAGUUAAUUUGCAAGUGAUUAAGCACAACUUCAACGUGUUGCAGUACCGAAUAACAUUUAAAUUGUUUUUGUAUUUAAACACAUAUUUGUCCAAAUCAAAAAUAUUGUUAUAUUUACUGAAAAUGAAAUGUUUAUAUUUAUAAACAAUAGUGAUUAAUUUGCAGAAUUGUGCUCAUCAGAAUGUUAAAAACCUAACAUCUACCUAACAUAACCUAUUAGUUCAUUUAUAAUUUCAGUAAAUAAUGUGUUGAUACAUUUAUUGAAUAAUGUUCGUAUUUAAGAUCAAACAUGUGCCUCUAUCCAAUGUAUAUUUCUUAAAACGAACCUUCUUUCACUCCACUAUUUGGAAUGCCAGCAAUGAAUUAGAUUUUACAUUAAAGCAUCAAACUGAAUUGAACGAAGAGUCAGACUUGUGUCAAAAGACGAAAAAAUUAGUGAAAAUUGCGAUCUUGGGUCUACCCAAUGCUGGGAAAAGUACAUUAGUGAAUAAACUCAUACACAGAUCUGUAUGUCCAACAUCUUCAAAAGUCCAUACUACGACACACAAAGCUGAAGCAAUAUAUACAGAAAAUGAUACUCAAAUUGUAUUUAUGGAUACUCCGGGAUUAGUAGUACCUAAGGAAAUGAAAACUUACAAACUAUCAGAAACAUUCAAAGAUGAUCCCAAAAAUGCAGUCACUGAAGCAGAUGUUAUUGGAAUAGUACAGGAUGUAACUAAUGUAUAUACUAGACAUAAGAUUAAUGAUUGUGUACUUGACUACAUAAAAAAUAAGAGAGAAGAUACAGAGCUGUUAAUGAUUUUAAAUAAAGUAGAUAAAUUAAAAAAGAAGACAGCAUUGUUGGAGGUUACAAGAAUAUUAACAAAAAAGGAUUACCCAAAGUUUGAUGAUGUUUUUAUGGUAUCUGCACUUAAUGGAGAUGGAAUAGAUGAUCUAAGGAAUUAUUUGCUCGAUUCAGCCAAAGUAGGUAAUUGGAAAUAUGACAAGAAAUUUUAUAGUAAUCAAUCAGUUGAAACUAUAAUGGAACAAACUGUUAGAGCUAAAUUAAUGGACAUUCUUCCAUAUGAAAUGCCAUAUAAAAUAAAAAUAAUAACAGAUCAUUUUGAUUUCGGUGAUGAUGGUAGUAUUAAUGCUUUAGUAACAUUAAAUUGCCCUAAAGAAAAGUACGUAAAAAUUUUAUUAAAGGGUAAAGUUAAAUGCUUAGCAUUUUACGUAGAAAAGGAAUUACGUCAUGCAUUUAGAACUACUGUAAUUGUUCGUAUAAAUGUACAAUAUAUAAAGUCUGUAUUAAAUCAAUAAUAUUAUGAAUUUA